GAGACACAGCCAGGAGCGUGGGACUUAGUAGCUUCUUAUUUCAUGCUUUUGUAACUCUUAUCAGGGUGUUGGACAGUUGUUGGUAAUUGGCAGACAACUGUUGUUUUGGACCAAGAGGUUUUUCUCUUUUCUGACUAAUAGAUUUUUUACUUUUUGGACCAACAGUGUUUUUUUCUAAGUAAUGUUUUGGAGAGACCUGCACAGUGUUUCAGACUAGAAGGACAGACAGACAGACAGAAAAGACAGAGAGACACAAAGCAAUCAACACAAAGACACUCAGUGUUGGAAGACAGGCAGGCAGGCAACCAUGGGAGUUGAAGAACAGAGAGCUGGGAAGUUUUACGUGGAGAGGGAUGUUUUGGACGAGCUUUGCCUUGACCAGGUGGCCCGAAGACGGACACACUCCACCACACCUCCCCUGAAGGAGAGGGUGAAAGAUUCCCUCAGGUGUUCCAUGCCCAAGCUGAAGCGCUCUGUGCUGAGCACUUUGCCUGUCCUAUCAUGGCUGCCACGUUACUCAGUGAGAGACAACGGCCUGGGAGACCUCAUAUCUGGCAUCAGCGUUGGCAUCAUGCACCUGCCUCAGGGUAUGGCCUAUGCUCUCCUGGCCUCUGUGCCUCCAGUGUUUGGUCUCUACACCUCCUUCUACCCUGUACUGGUCUACUGCCUCCUUGGCACCUCCAGACACAUCUCCAUAGGAACGUUUGCUGUGAUCAGCAUUAUGAUAGGCAGUGUGACAGAGAGGUUGGCUCCAGACAGUGACUUCACAUUCCUGAAUGGAACCAACGGGACAGCAGUUCUGGAUGUGACAGCCCGCGACGCCUACAGAGUUCAGAUAGCAGCCAGCACCACUGUACUGAGUGGGCUCUUUCAGGUCCUGCUGGGCAUGGUGCGGUUUGGUUUCGUGGUGACGUACCUGUCGGAGCCCCUGGUACGUGGCUACACAACAGGAGCAGCUACACACGUGGUCGUCUCACAACUCAAAUAUAUCUUUGGUAUCCACCCUGCACGCUUCUCCGGACCACUGUCUCAGGUCUAUAUCCUAAUAGACAUCUGUAGACAUCUGCCAGAGACUAACAUUGGGGCCCUGGUGGUUAGUCUAGUGGCCUUGGUGGUCCUCAUAGUGGUCAAAGAACUCAAUUCCUGUUAUGAGAAGAAACUACCUCUGCCUAUUCCCAUAGAACUCAUAGUGAUCGUAGCAGCAACACUCAUCUCCUACUACGGCAACCUGAACAGCCAAUACGACGUGGCCGUGGUUGGAGAGAUCCCCAGAGGGCUGAAGUCUCCCAGUCUACCUGACGUCAGUCUGUGGGGUAUGGUGGUUGGUGAUGCGUUUGCUGUGGCCAUAGUGGGUUAUGCCAUAAACAUCUCCUUGGGCAAAACCUUCGGCCUGAAACACGGCUACAAGGUGGACAGCAACCAGGAGCUGGUGGCUCUGGGUCUCAGUAACACAGUGGGAGGAUUCUUCCAAUGCUACUCUGUCACCGCUUCUAUGUCCCGUAGCCUCAUCCAGGAGAGCACUGGGGGCAGGACACAGGUUGCCGGGGUGGUUUCCUCAGUGAUUGUGCUGAUCACCAUUCUGCAACUGGGGACACUGUUUGAGGAGCUACCCAAGGCUGUCCUGUCCUGCAUAGUGUUUGUAAACCUGAAAGGCAUGUUUAAGCAGUACCUAGACAUUCCUGCACUCUGGAAGAGCAACACAGUGGACCUGCUGGUGUGGUUGGUAACGCUGGUGUGUACUAUCCUGCUGAACCUGGACCUGGGCCUGGCUGCAUCCAUCGCCUUCUCUCUGCUCACUGUCAUCUUCAGAACACAGCUGCCACGGUACUCUAUUCUGGGGCAGGUUCCUGGGACUGAGCUCUACCUGGACACAGACACAUACGAAGAGGCAAAAGAGAUCAGAGGUAUCACUAUCUUCCGUUCCUCAACCACAGUGUACUAUACCAACGCUGAGUUAUACCUGGACGCACUGCAGAAGAAGAGCGGUAUUGACAUUGGGAAGCUGCUGACGAGAAAGAAGAAAAGAGAUGCUAAACAAAAGAGGAAAGACAAGAAAGAAGAAAAGAAAGCUAAAAAGGAGGCAAAAAAACAGAAUGGUGUGAAUGGACACCUACCCAAUGGUACAGUCCACCCAGAGGACAAGGUGGAUGUAGAGAAGGGCUCCCCUGACCUGAAGGGAAACAGGACAGACAUCGCCCUGACUGACAGACCCACUAAUGGACAGGUGAACUGGGCCUACGAGCAGCAAGGGACCGGGUUGGACCUGGGCUCUGAGACUGGUAGUCAUGGCGAUGAUGCCAUAACCCAGACGUCCAGUACCAUAGGAGAAGAGAAGAGAGGGAGGAGCUCCGACAAUGACACACAUACCAUCAUCCUGGAUCUCUCCACAGCCAGCUUUGUAGACACCGUCACUGUGAUGAUGCUGAAUAACAUAUUCCGAGACUAUAGAGAGAUUGACAUUGAUAUCUAUUUAGCUGGAUGCCAAGUCUGUGUGGUGGAGCAGCUAUCCAGAGCAAGCUUCUUCUCUGAGUCCAUCCCUAAGAGCCGUCUGUUCACUACGGUCCACGACGCCGUGCUACACAGCCUCCGGCUGCAAGGGGCCUCAGACGUUCCCAUCUACGAGUGUGCACUGGACAUGGCCUGCACUACCAAGAUGUAACCAACAGGUGUCACUUUGGUCACAAUCCUUUAUGGAAAAUAAUAAAUAAUGGUUACUAAUUUUAAAUGAUGCAAUAUUGAUAACAUUAUGGGGCUGGAAAUGAAGUAUCAAUGUCCUAUACCAUAAAUGCUAACCCGUUAUUGUAAUGGUGAGAGGUUAGCAUGUCUUGGGGGUAUGAUAUUUGUGCAUCUGUAAAUUUCUCACUCAUCAUUAUUCCCAAUUCAUUCAGGAUUAUUUGUAAUCAUGGUAGCACCCACAUUAAUGUAGACUUGUUUAGAAACAUACUCUAAUCUUAUCGACAAUAAAAGUGACUUCUAAAUGA